UGCGAGAAUACCGCUUGUUUUUAUGGCUUGGAUGCGUUCUGCGUCGUAGUCUUUUUCUUUCCCUUUGUUUCAUCUUUCUUUGUGACAAAUUGCGUGCUAUAUGUUGCGCUUCGGCCGCGUUGUCGUAGUCAUAUCUAGCGGCUCGAUUUUUGAGUCUUCCCCUUCUAAUUUCUCUGGGGGAUAUCUUCGAUGCGAACGCAGUCGAGUGGCAGGUCAUCCUGAAGAUGGGCCGCCUUUUGGGACUUGAGGGGUCUCUUAGCGUCCUCCAUACGAAGGAAAAACUGUCCAGCGUCGAACGCGAACGUCUCGAAGUAUUGGAAGACCAGGUAGACGACUUGCGGGAGGAGUUACAGCUAGAACACAGUCGAGCUGUUUUCGAAGUUUUUCCUCUUCGCGCUGACCUUGUGCGGAACUACAGGAACCUCAUCGGUGCCCAUGUGCCGUUUCUGUCGAGGGCGGAGCCUGGUCUAAUCGUAGCGCCUGGAGAUAUAAAAGUGAACAAAGUGCUGGGCAACAAUUAAGGCCGAGGAAAGUUUUAUUUUUCAUUUUCGGCCAUGAUAGAUUCUUACUAACUUACUUAGACUUGAGCUUUUCCUUUUCUUUCAUCUCCCUCCGAGUUUAUUACUCUGCUUGUUGAUCUUGAGCUUGAUUAUGGAAGAAUGAAGAGCCAAAUGCCUCCCCCUCCUCUCAACCUCUAAGAAAUGCUAUGGGCGAUCGAACCAACUAAAGGCGUCUACAUUCAGGACCUGCAAGGUGAGGGAAUAAUGCAGGU